AUGAGUGUUGUUGUUGCAUCCGUCCGUAAGCGCGUCUCAGAUUCGCAUAGUGAGAUCAUGAUCAGCACGGGGUUAAGGUAUAUCAUUGCCGGAGAAGUAUGGGACCUCUCAAGUCCCUGGCUCGAUAGCUUAGUGCUCUGCAAGGAGAUAAAAACUUUGGUCAGCCUUUUUGCAUACGUCGUUCCCGAUGGGUUUAUCUUCACCCUGGCAUCUGCCAUCACAACCCAGCAAGUUGAUGGUUAUAGGGAGUGGGACCCCUCUCACAAUACCCGUCUCUUUGAUGGAUGGCUCCGUCUGAGUGCAGUUAAGCUUUAUCCCGCUCCUCCCAACAUACAUGAAAGGGAAAUAGAAUUGGUGCGACAUGGGCUGAUGACUGUGUAA